AUGGCCUCUCGGUUCGUGCUUCCUGCCUCUAUCGACCACUCCCGCCGUGCGACCUCGGCACACGGCGCCGUGCAAGCCAGGCCGUGCGACCCCGGCACACGGCGCCGCGCGUUCCCGGUGAGGCAGCCGGGCGGCGCCUGCUCUAGGUCUUACGUCGAGGGCAUCGCGAUCUUUGUCAUCGUCCUGUUGAACGCAGGCAUCGCGGCCGUCACCGAGAAUUCCGCCAACGACGCGCUGGAGAAGCUGGCAAAGAUGACCGCCCCGGACUCUACCUGCAUCCGCGAUGGGACCGAGAAGAAGGUCAAGACAACCGCGGUCGUGCCCGGCGACAUGGUUCUGCUGUCCGUUGGUGACGUCGUGCCGGCUGACAUGCGCAUGCUCGCGGCGGCCGACCUGAAGGUGAGCGAGAUGCCGCUGACAGGCGAACCGGACGAUGUAGCCAAGAAAGCCCAGGUCCCCAAGAAGGCCGCUGCGGGCGAGGAGGCAAAGCUCCGUCCGGAGAACGUCUGCUAUUCGGGCUGCGAGGUGAAGAGCGGCAACGGCAAGGGCAUCGUCAUCCGCACCGCCAUGGACACGGAGGUCGGCAAGAUCGCCGGCAUGAUGACGGCCGACAACGAGGGGGGCAAGACCUGCGGCUGCCUGCCCGACACCACUGGCAACAUGACGCCCCUGCAGGAGAGUCUGCAGCGCCUCGGAGUGAAGAUCGGCGGCAUGGCGAUCGGCGUGUGCGUCUUCGUGUUCAUCGUGGGCCUGCUGCGCCAGACGAAGGAUCCCGAGGACGAGGAUAAGCCCACCUGGCUGUACAUGAUCCUGGUCUCCGUGACGCUGGCGGUGGCCGCGAUUCCCGAGGGCAUCCCUCUUUGCGUGACGAUCUCUCUGUCGUUCGGCUCCACGGAGAUGCAGAAGAAACAGGUGCUCGUGAGGAAGCUGGCCGCCGUGGAGACGCUGGGCAGCGCCUCGAUCAUCUGCACGGACAAGACGGGCACCCUCACGGAGGGCAAGAUGCGGACCGUGAAGCUGUGGUCGGCGCAGGAGUUCUUUGACAUCGAGGGCUCCGGCUUCGUUCCUGAGGGAAGGAUCUUGAACAAAGACAACCAGGACGCCAAGGAGAACCCCUCCGUUCGUACCACGCUGCUGUCGUGCUUGCUGAACAGCAACGCGCGCAUCGAGAAGGAGACGCUGCCCACUGGGGGCAUCAAGUGGAACCCGGUGGGCAACUCUUCCGAGGCGCCGCUCGUGGUGGCCGCGCAGAAGAUCGAUCUCACGCCCGAGAAGGGGCAGAAGAUGUUCCCUCGCCUGUUCGAGGUACCCUUCUCCUCGUCGCGGAAGAUGAUGCUCACCGCGCACGACUGCUCCUCGCAGACCGCGCUCGCGGGCCUGAAGCUCACCAGCGGCUCGAAGGUGCUCACCGUUGUCAAGGGCGCCCCCGACCGGGUGCUGAAGGUGUGCAGCAGGUGGGCGCGCAAGGACGGCGAGACGGAGGAAUUCACCCAGCAGAUGCGGGACGAGGUCAUGAGCGCCAACAACAGCUUCGCCUCCGAGGCCCUGCGAGUGCUCGCCAUCGCCGUGGCCCCGCUCCAGGAGCUCGGCUUCGACGGGGCAGACCAGGACAUCGGCGCCGAAGAGAGGUUGGAGGCGCUGUGCAAGGACCUGACGUUCGUGGGCCUCGUCGCCAACAUGGACCCCGCGCGCAAGGGGGUGGACCAGGCCGUGCUGGACGCUAUCGGCGGCCACAUCCGUGUCAUUAUGAUCACUGGCGACUACCUGAAGACCGCCGUGGCCAUCGCGAAGUCCAUCAAUAUCUUGGACAAGAACGACGACGAGAGCAAGGCUGUUGACUGUGGGUCGCUCCGCCCGGACGGCAAGAAUUACAUCUCAGACGAAGCUAUGGACGACCUCACCAACCAAAUGUGCGUGUUCGCGCGCGCCCAGCCUGAAGACAAGUUGCAGAUCGUGAAGUCCCUGCAGCGCCAGAAGAAGGUCAGUGCCAUGACCGGCGACGGCGUCAACGACGCGCCGGCCCUCAACGCAGCCGACAUCGGCGUCGCCAUGGGCAUCCAGGGCACCGAGGUCGCCAAGGGGGCGUCGGACAUGAUCCUGACCGACGACGACUUCUGCUCCAUCGUCGCCGCUGUGGAGAAGGGGCGCGUCAUCUACUCGGGCAUCCAGAAGUUCGUGGCCUUUAUCAUGUCGGUGCACAUCGCGGAGGUGAUGCAGAUCUUCUUCUGCGUCGUCGUGGGCCUCCCCAUGAUGCGCCAGCCCGUGCAGAUCCUGUUCCUCAUCCUUGUGACGGACCUGCCCCCCUCCGUCGCGCUGGGCAUGGAGCCCGGCCAGGCGGGUAUCCUGAAGGAGUGGCCCCGACCGAGGAGUCAGAACAUCGUGCUCAUGUGGAUGUGGGUCAGCAUCGUGAUCAACGGCGCCAUCCUCUCCCUGGUGAUCAUCUGCGUCUACUUCUGGGCCCUGAACUUCUACGUGGGCUUCUUCUGGCAGUCCGACAUGGCGGACAUCAAGAGGGAACAGGACCUUAUUGUGGCGACUGGCGGGAGCGUGCCCACCGAGGAGACCAUAGGCCACAAGCUCAUGCAGGCGCGCACCUGCGCAUUCAUCUCCCUCGUGUGGGCCGAGAACGUGCGCUCAUACGUUUCCCGCUCGUUCGACCGGCCGGUCUGGGUCGAGAUGUUCCGCAACGGGAAGAUGCAGAUUGCCAUCUGCAUGGCACAGGUCGCCCUCUACGCCGCCAUCUUCAUUCCCGGGCUCUCCGAUACCAUCCUGCAGCUCAACGGCACGAUCAUCGGCUGGGAGGGCUGGGUCGCGGCCUUCCUGGGAGCGCUGGGCUGCCUGGUGCUCUGCGAGUUCUUCAAGCUCUUCACAGGCAUCCAGAAGAAAAAGUUCGACGACGAGAUGGUCGCGGCAUCCCUGCGAGAGGAGGAGAAGAGGCUGGCCGUGGUGAAGGCGAACUCUGCCAAGCGCGAGCAGAAGACCCCCGUCGCCGAGACGCCAGCGCCUGCGCCCGCGCCCAAGGAGCCCGCGCUCUCCACGGUCAUCCCAGCCCAGGCGGCCGAGGCGGUCGAGGGCAACGGCACCAAGGUGGUGCCCCAGGACGCGAAGUCCCCCAACGGCACAACCCCGAACGGCACCAGGAAGCCUGGCGGCUGCGCCGGCCUGUGCAUGCCCGCGAGCGCUCUCUUCUGA